AUGAUGCAGUUUGUGUUGUUGGAAGUGCAUUUGACGGGGUCACUUGGGGGAGAAGAAAGAACCCCAUUCACGAAAACAAAGAAGAUGCUAGGAAGCUCAACUAGGAAGCUCAAAGGUGUCAAUCUCAGUGGAAAAGAGACCGUGCGAUGUUCAAAUCCCAGUUCGGAUGAAGUGGGGAGGACAUACGUCCAGGUCGAUGGUGCCUUCUCCUAUACUUCCUCGACAGCAGCUUGCGGUGGGGUUAUCAUCGACCACAACCAGGGCAUUAAAGAGGGCUUCAAGACCCGACUAAUCUCCGGUGAUGUCCUAACUGCUGAACUCUGGGGAUGUCUUUUUGGCCUAAAGAGAGCGUGGAAUAGUGGCUUUAGAAACGUGGUCCUUAGAUUGGACUCCUCCGAUGCCAUUCGGUUACUUAAGGACCCUACGCCAGAGCUGAAUGAAGACUGGGCUUUGAUUGAAGAAGUCAAGAAUAUGCUCAAGCGGAACUGGAGAGUGGAAUGUCAACUCUUUGACAGAGACGACAACUGGAUGGCAGACAUGCUGGCCAAGCAGGCUCUAAACGACAAACCGGGGUUUAUCAUCCUGGGCCCUGAUAGCGUUCAAACCAUCUUGGACUCGGAUGGCAUAGGAUAG